AUGAAAACCACCACCGAAAUUCUUAAAACACCACCGCCCAAUAUGUUGAGCUACACGGGCGCUCCCCCAGAGACUCUUCCCGCUGCCAAACCUCCUUCUUGGUUUUGGAAAUGUAGUCUCUGCAGAUCACGAUGGAAGCUCGCCGUUACGCGGCGCUGUCUGAGAUGUACAAAGACCAAGACCGUCGGCGGCAGCAAGAUGAUCGGCUUGUCUCGUUCAGACGAGUGGCAACGCAAUAACAGGCUUGACAAGCACCGUGCCUCCCGACGAGCUAAGAAGCAUGACUACGACUAUUGGACCGUUCACAACGACUGGCGACGUUUCCACUCCGUCUACAAAGCUGACCCUGAAGCCUGGAAAGGUCGUACUGACAGCGAACUUUUCAAACUGAAAGGCAGGGAGCGGCGUGUGAUGAAGGUGCAGAUUGAGAAGAGCAGACGCACUGAGAUAACACAGCAGCGCCUGGAGCGCAUGCUCAACAACACCCACAACUGCGAUAUUGACUGCGAUUAUCCGAGCCAGUGCCGCUCAGAGAGAUACGAGGCAGAUCUGCAAGAGUUCGAUGAUGUUGUCCUAAGAAAUAUGGUCAUGAAGAUCCCCAACCCCGACGAUGACGGUUAUACUAUUGGUAAACUUCCUCUCUGCGGCCUUAUUCCAGGUUUCAGUCCGAAGACGACGGAUGCAGAGGAUCUCGACAGUGAGGACGAAACCCUUGUUGCGGAUGAGGAUCAGCAGGCGGACUGGUUUGCGACAUCACCACGCUCUCCAGUCAGCAGUGAUGAAGAAGAGGAGGUAACCGAACAGGGCCCGGACGAUGAGGCAGAUGAAAAGCAAGACAUAAAAUGGUGGGAUCCGUGUUAUGAAGACUUUUACAAAGAAGAAAGCCAAGCGGAAUUUGAAUGGUGA